AUGGCGACUUCUACCACUCUCCUUUCCUUCCGGCCAACCGGAAUCCGAGCAUCGGCUUUUUCCGGUCAAAAAAAACCUGACAACAAUAGCCGGAAAGUCUCUUCCGCCAACUGGUGGACCCCUCUCUUUGGCUGGGGCUCCAGUCCUGACUACAUUGACGGCAAAAACAACAACUGUAACGAUCUCUCUGGCUCUGCAAACACCAAGGACGGAUCUGUGUCCGAGUCCGAGAGAGCGGUGGGGUCUAGAUCGCGAUUUGCUCCCGGUUGCUUCACCGAGGAGAAGGCGAAACAGCUUCGGUUGAUGACCGUGGAGACCGAAACUUUCCACGAUAUCAUGUACCACUCUGCAAUAGCGUCUCGCCUCGCUUCGGACUUUCCGAUCCGACCCUCUCAGUAG